UUCUUGGGCCCCUUCUUCUUUUCACUAUUAGCUUUAGCUUAACUAUAACGAGAUAUUUACAGAGCUUUAUCCAAAUUCGAAUUUCCUCCAUUGAAGAUGCUCUGUGAGCUUCAUCACCAUCAUUUCUCUUUCACUCCACAAUCCAUAAACCAACAUCAAACUACUCUACACACCAUUAUACACUUCUCUCCAAAAAAACAUCGUCUUUUUCCCAUUUUUUCCACCCACCACCCCAACCAGCAACCCCGCCACCUUAAAAACCAAGAAUCUGAUACCAACACCACCACUACCUUAAAUAGUGAAAAGGGUAUCACUCGAAAACACAAUUCAAAAUCCUCAGCUGUACUCCUCCGUUACCUCUCAUCAAAUGAUAAUAAACCGGAAGCAUACCAAGAACCAGUUGCCGGUUCAGCUGAACCGGAGAAGCAAGAAUGUGCUGUACUAGAAGAAGAUAAAGAGAAGGUUCUAGAAAUGUCAUUAAUAAGGAAAAGAACCCCUCAGUUUCCAGGUUCUAUUUAUGUUCAAUCAAAUAUUUCCUCUUUGUUUGAUUCCAAAAGAGGGAGUGGCUUUAAUGAUGAUGAUGAUGAGAUGUUAAUUAAGGCACUUGAGAUAAGGAGGAAAGUGACAGUUGAGAUUUUUAAAGAAGCAAUGAGAAAAGGCAGAUUUGGGAUUACAUAUUCGACGAAUUUGGUUUCAUAUUUGGAUGAUUUUAUAGAUUUUGUGAUGAUUCAAGCUGCUUCAAUGAAACAAAUGCCUGAGUUCUUGGAUUCGUCAUUCAAUGUUCGUGCUAGAGCCUUUAUAGAUGAGUCCGGUGUCGUGCCAAUUGUGAGGUGGUUGAAACACAAUGCAUUGUCAUAUCCGCAAAUUGCAAACCUCAUUUGCAAGUCCGGAGGAAAUCUUGAAUCCAUAAGACGUUUGGCUGAGUGGUUGAAGUCGAUUCAUGUGAAGGGAAGAUUUAUUGGGCUUGUAAUGAUUAGAUCUAAGGAGAAUGUAUUAGGUCGGAGCUUGGAAGAAUUGGAUGAGAUCGUUGAGUACUUGGAGAACAAAGGAGUGAAGAGAGAUUGGAUAGGGUAUAUUGUAGGCCGAUGUCCUGAAAUAUUGUCCUUCAGCACGGAAGAACUAGAGUCCCGUACAAAGUUCUAUUUUGAUAUGGGAAUGGAUGAGAAGGAUUUUGGAACAAUGGUUUUUGACUAUCCUAAGGUGAUUGGCUACUUCUCUAUGGAAGAGAUGAACCAAAAGGUGUCUGCUUUAACUCAUUUCCUCCCAAUAUUCAUUGAUAUAUAUGCUUUCUUGUGUUUUCCCUUUGUGGUGUAAAAUGAACUGAAGAAUCAUCUAAUUAAUGUUUACGGCAUGUCACUUGGGUGAUUUAAAUUUUAGACUGCAAGCUUAUAUUCCCAAUUUUUU